UUCGCAACGUUUGGCAAGACCGAGAACCGAGUGCUCCCUUUUUUAAGGCUUUCAAACCACACAGUGUCGCCUUCACCAACGUUUUGGAACACCAAAGACAACCGGAAACCGAAAGUCCCCAAGAUGCAUCUUCUGCAACAUAAAGCCGUCUACUUUACGCUGAUGCUCGUGGUGCUGAGUAUGUGCAUGGACCAAACGGAAGCCCGGCGCAAGAUUCUUCGAGGACGCCGUACCAUUAACCGAACAUUCAAGCGCGGACCAGCAAUACCGGCGUGGGCCAUCAUCGUGAUCGUGGCGAUAGUGAACCUGGUCAUCGGCGGCAUAGCGUACCUCAUCUUCCGGAAGGUGGUCCUUGAUCAACCGAUCGAAAAUGUAACCUCGUACACGCCGGCCAUGCAGGACGAGUAUACCUCGUGAGAACCCUAGCCGUAGUACCAUAGCCACACAGAUCACAUUCUCCAUUUCUUCAAGCUCCCUGCUUUAAGCUCCCAUGAACAAGAAGCAAGUUUUUGCGGUAAAACACACAGUUGCAGAUAAUGAAUGCUUCCCGAUUAGCCUGUAAGCAAACCAAAACGAUGGAAGUCAAUAAACAAGGUUACGUGUAAUUUG